AUGAACAGCUUUGGGGAGGCUUGCACGGACAUGAAGCACAAGUACGACCAGUGUUUCUGUCGCUGGUUUGCUGAGAAGUUCCUGAAAGGGGACGGCUCUGGGGACCCGUGCACCGACCUCUUCAAGGGCUACCAGCAGUGUGUUCAGAAAGCAAUAAAGGAGAAAAAGGUUCCUAUUGAAGGACUGGAGUUCAUGGGCCAUGGCAAAGAUAAGCCUGAAAACUCUUCUUGACCUUGAAGAUGGAUUCCUCACAUUAGAAACAGAAACGACUCUGGAUUUUGUCAACAAAGGUUUGGGAUUUUUGUUUCUGCCUUCUGGAUUGUCCAAAAUUCUUCUAAAAGAUGAUGAACUGUCACUCU